AUGGUUAAUCUUAGACAUCUUGAGUUUGAUGAUAAAUGUCGGAGCUUGAAAUACAUUCCACGUGGGUUGAGGCAGUUGUGUUCUCUUCAGACUUUGUUCUAUUUCGUUGUGGGCGACCAAAGAAGAAGAAGGAGAAGUGGUGGGAUUGGGGAAUUGCAUGGCCUAAACCAGCUUCGACAGAAGUUAGUCAUCAGGGACCUUAGAAAUGUGAGAGAUGCCAGAGAUGCCGAGGAAGCAAAUUUGAAAGACAAGACAGAGCUUCAAUUUUUGAUAUUGGAUUGGGGUUAUCCAGGAGAAUAUCGUCGUCGGAGGAGGAGGAGGGUAUCAUCAUUAGAAGAACACGUGUUGGAUAAUCUCCAGCCGCACCAAAAUCUUAAAGAAUUGAUAAUUAAACGUUAUGAAGGCGUCAAGAUGCCACGUUGGAUGUUACACUCUUCUUAUUCCCUCCACGGACUCCCAAAUCUGGUGGAACUUACGAUACAUGAAUGUCAUAAUCUCAAAUGUUUGCCAUUAGUUGGUGAAUUCCCAUGCCUUAGGCUUCUCCGUCUAUCUAAUUUAGAAGCCCUAGAGUCCAUAUGCAAUAAAGUGGUGAUGACUGAGGGGGGAAUUGAUAACAAUAAUAAUAAUGAAGGAAGAGGAAGAGAUGAAAGAAAACCAUUAUUAAUGGUACUAUUUCCAAUGCUACAACAACUUUUACUCUCGCGGAUGCCAAAUCUGGAGAAGUGGACAAUCUCAGUAGAAGAAGAAGAAGAAGCUUUUCUGUCUUCCAUGUUUCCACGUCUCAUUGACUUGGAGUUUCGAUAUUGCAAAAAUUUGACGACAGUGCCAAUGUUUUCGGUGGAGGGAAUACAACAUCUCACCUCCCUCCGAACAUUAAAAUUGGAAUGCCUUGACAAAUUGGUGUAUCUACCUGAUUACCCUGCUCCUGCAACACUGGAAAUGCUACACAUCAUAGAAUGUCCUAGUCUAGUGAGAUUACCAGACUGCUUUUUUAACAAUCUCAAGUUACUUUCCGAGUUUAAAAUUUUGAGAUGUAGUGAGUUGACAUUUCUACCAGAAGGGAUUCGACAUCUCAUUGCACUGAAACGACUAAAAAUUGGCAAAUGCUCCAGUUUGUCAUCUCUACCACAAGGGAUUCAACAACUCACCGCAUUGAUAGAUCUGGAUAUUUCUUCAUGUCCGGGUCUAAAGAUAUUACCAGAGGGCUGGGGAGGUCUCUCAUCACUUGAAAAGUUUGAGAUUGAAGAUUGCUCCAAUUUAUCGUCUUUGCCGGAAGGGAUUCAGCAUCUUUGUUCUUUAAAAACGCUGAAAUUGCGUACAUGUCCGGGUCUGAAGGCAUUACCGGAUGGCUUGGGAAGUCUCCCACGGCUUGGUUAUCUUGAUAUUGAGAGUUGCUCCAAUUUAUUGUCUCUCCCAGAAGGGAUUCAGCACCUCCCUGCACUUUAUCAGCUGGCAAUUGAUAAUUGUCCAUGUUUGAGAUCAUUACCUGGUGGGCUUGAAAACCUCGCAUCGCGUGGUUUACUAUAUUUUUCAAAUUGUCCUAAUCUGUCCCUUUCUUAGGGUUGGAGGUGUCGUGAAAUAUUAAGAAUUCUUCACGAAAAAAGGAAAAAAUGAAAUAUUGAGUAUUCAAGACAGCUGACUUACUCCCUGGAUUCAAGCCUCUCUAUUUGAAGACGAUAACGAAUGUGGAAAGAAAAUAACACUUCUCAUCAUCUUCAGUGGAAGUUUGAAGUAUCAACAGAGGAAUUCCAUAUGGCUUUGAUUGUUUCUAUCAUUUAUUUAAAUUGAUCAAGCGCCAACUGAACAUAGCUUAAAUGAAGGAACCGCCUUGCUGGUUUGAAGGUUAUGAUUCCCUAUAAUAUUUUCUGAUUUUUAAUAAUUUAUGCUUAUUUAUUGUACUAAAAAAAAGAAGAAAACACUCAGAAUGUGGAAGAAGCCACCAACAAUGGUUGUGAGAUGAAGAUGAGAAGGCAAUGUAGAAUUUGGUGGCCAAAGAAGCUCUCAUCUUCUUACCCAGAACCCGCCAUCUUGUUCGGGUGGUUCGUCCAUUCUUCGCACUAUUCUCCCGACAUUGUUGUAGCCGUUGCAGCUUCCCCAGAUGUGAUUUCAGUCUCUUUCCCUCAAUCUGGUCUUCAGGACAAAUCACUGCUGCCAUUUGUUGCUUAAAUGUGCCGCUGCGAAGUGUUAAAACAGAUGUAGAUACACAAAACCACCAAUUAUGGAAAAGGAUAUACAUAGGAGAAUCAAUAUUUAUGCGGAGAAAAGUUUGGAAACUGGUACUGUGAAUGCCACAAAUUAGGCAGAAUUCUAAUAGGCAUGGUAAUUGGAUCCAAUUAUCUCUUGACUCCCAUGGAUUAUAUUCUAAAAAUAUCUGCUGGAUUCCUAAGUUGCAUCACAUACACUGGAUGGGGAAAAAUAGUAUCUACAGCCGAGCUUCACGUAUGUAAUAUUUUAUGAUCCACCCACAUUUGGCAUGCAUCAUUUCUCUCUGACUUCUGGGGGUUCACUGGAGGAAGUAAAAUUGCCCCUUGAGAGACUUGAGUGGCUCAGCAAACUAAAUCAAAAGCAGCCACUCCCUGACUCGGAUACAGUUGUCUCGGCAAUUAAUAGAGCAUAUGCUGCAAAAACAUUAUUUGAGAGAUGCAUGGGACACAAAAUUUCAACCCACUGCUGGCUUCUAUUGUGUGGCACAUUAGACCCAUGUUUGUAGCUGCUUUCUGCACUUUAUUUUAUAUAGUUCUUCGGUUCUGUCAUGGCCUUCUGAGUUACAGAUCAGAUUCAUGGGCAUGCAGACAUACGUGGAAGAAUGUCCAUAUCCGCAGCUAUCAGCUUCUGUAUUAGUUGGUCAAUCUGAGGCUUCAGGCCUCAAGCAAGUGUGGAAUAUGCAGAGAGGACUUCUAUACAUAAGUACUCAAUGUGGUCAAGUGUAGCUGUUGAUAUUCUUUUGGGAAAUUUGGAUGGCUUUAUGUUAGUCCAUGCUGAGGCUACAUGCAUAUGGAAUUCAAACCUUACACUUGACAUCACGAAAAAUUUGUGUGUUCAGGUCGUGUGUGGCUGAUAGGUGUCCUAGCAGGUGUUCUUGGCAUGACUUAACUUGAUACAAUUCAAAUUUGGUCUACCCUAUGGGUUCUUUUUUGGGUUUCUUCUUGAGCUAUUCAUCAGAGUACUUGCUAUAUCUGGAAUCAUUUUUGGGGCCACUAUACCUGCUGCGCUAUUUCUAGACGCUAUUGUGCUUGCAACAUUGCAUACUUUAGCUCUUCAUUGGCUGAUCUCUCUUCUAUACACAAAACAGAUUCAGGCUUUGGCAGCUCUGUGGCUCCUUUUUAGGUACAACUGGUUCCUCCUUUUGGUACAUAUUGUUGAAAUCAGAAGGCACCAAUUAAUAAUUUUGUGAUAUCCUGUUCCAUUGCUGAUAAGAAAAUUUAGAACUUCCAUUCAAACUAGCAUGUCCUGACCUUGACAAUAGGUAUUAAUUGCGCAUUCAUGUUACUUCAGUCCAAUGAAAAACACAGUGGGUAGAGGACUUCUGAUCAUGUGGGCACUAUUCAUCCAUAAGUAUAUCAUGAUUUUUGUUUGAUUCA